ACAAUUAAACGUAAAGUUAUGGUUGAUACGUUAGUUUCAGAACAGAGUACUUCUAAUACUGUGAUAUAAAGAUUUCGAUAAAUUAAGAUGUCAUUACCAACACCGUCAUAUGAUUUAAGUGAAUUUAAGAAUGUUUAUGAACCUAGGGAAGAUACUUUCUUGUUAUUAGAUGCAUUAGAAAAAGAUUUAGAAAAUAUAAAAAAAAAUAAUCCAAUGUUUAUCGCCGAAAUUGGUUCUGGAAGUGGAAUUAUAAUAACAGCUUUAUCUUGUUUAUUAAAGACUGUCUGUUUUGCUACAGAUUUAAAUCCUGAAGCUUGUUACGCUACAUUAAAUACUUCAAAACUAAAUAAAUGUGAAAUUGAAGUUUGUAAUAUGAACUUUUUAAGUGGUUUUAAACAUAAUUUAUUUGAUUUAAUCAUUUUUAAUCCACCCUAUGUUGUUACUGCUUCUGAAGAGAUAUCUGGUUCAAGUUUAUCUCGUUCUUGGGCUGGGGGAUUAAAUGGAAGAGAGAUUAUUGAUAAAUUAUUAAUGUCAUUACCAAAUUAUUUAAGCAAUGAGGGUAUUUGUUAUUUAUUAGUGUUAAAAGAAAAUAAUCCAGAAGAAAUUAUUGAGAUUGUAAAAAAGGUGGGCUUUAAAGCUACAAUUUUGCUAGAACGAAAAAUUCCUUCUGAACAUUUAUUUGUAUUAAAAUUAAACAAAUUGUAAAACAUAUUUUUAAUAAACAUCUGUUGGUAAAACUGA